AAUAACCCAUUCGAACCCAACAACUACUUGCGACUUGCCAUUAAAAUAUUUGAGCUUAAUUUCAAAAAAACACUAGUAUAAUACAACCACAAUAUGAUAUAGUUUUCGGGUGUAAUUAGUUUUAGCUUAUUUUCGAAUCUUGGCACCACUAAUCGGUGGUAAAAGAGAACCAGAUCAAGUAGGCCUUAUUGUUAGAACCUAGUUCGGUGGUUACAGAGAACCAGAUCAUCGUAGGCCUUAUUUUUAGAAAAGUUAAAUAAAUUCAUUUCGUCAAACUCAAUAUUGCAAGUGGAGCCUGCUGGGCUGUGCAUUGUCCUUGUCUGUGAAACGAAACACGUGCCGCAACUAAAACCCACACAACAAACACGGCUGUCAGUUUUUGCAGACGGCCAAUAACAAUACUACCUGGAGAAAAAAUAUACCGACCGACCCGACUCUGCUGCUUGCACAAUUGCAAUUGAAAAAGGACGACAGCAAAAAUGGCAGAGGCAGUGGAUACGGAGGAUCGCACUGUCGGUCUGAAGCGUUUCUUUUGCCACAAGUGCAAUGUGGAGAUUAACAUUCCAAGCGGGGACUUCACCUGUCCCCUGUGCUCGAACGGUUUUGUUGAGGAGCUACCGGCAAACGCUCCUGAGAUGACGGCCGCAACAGAAGCCCCCUCAACCAGUUCACUUGCGGGCAGCAAUGACUCCAACGGUACAUUUAUCCUCGCGUCCAGCGAUUCGGAGUCCAAUGUGGAGUCUUUACGAAACGACAUUGUCUCGCUGUUGAACAUGCGUAAUGUGCCCAACUUGGAGAUCACGAUUGAACCAAAUCGUCGUCGGUCUGAUUUGCAAAACGUGGGGGGAUACAACGCCCUGACAGCGCCAUCCGGUGUCGGACUGACAGCUGGCGGACGUGUUCGUCCGCCCAAUCUGGAUCGCCUGGACAACGUCCUGUUUGACUUUCUGCAAAGCUUGCCCUUGGCCGGCGCCACUGCAGAGUUUGUUACUGCAUCCGGGGGCGGUGUGCCCGGCAACUCGCGCAUGUUUUUCAUGGGCAACCCGGGCGACUAUGCAUGGGGGCGCGAGGGAUUGGACACGAUUGUCACCCAGAUGCUCAACCAAAUGGAGACCUCAGGACCUCCGCCACUGUCGAGCAAUCGCAUCAAUGAAAUACCAAAUGUGCAGAUUACCUCUGAAGAGGUAGAGAAAAAGAUUCAGUGUUCGAUCUGCUGGGAUGACUUCAAAAUAGAUGAGACCGUUCGCAAGCUGCCGUGCUCCCAUCUGUACCACGAGAAUUGUAUAGUGCCAUGGCUAAAUCUGCACAGUACUUGUCCGAUUUGCCGCAAAUCCUUGGCGAAUGACGGCAGCGAUGUCGAUGCGGAACCACUAUCCAUGAUCGACGGAUGGCGGAUGGAUGACUCCCAAGCCAGCGGCUCAAACAUUAGAACAGUAAUUGGCACUGGAACAGGAAACUCAACCUCAGCCAGCACCAUCGAUUCGCCCGAAAGUCCCUCUCCCAGUGAUCGCGCCCCGGCCGGCAACAAUGUAUUCACCUUUGAUGACGACAAUAUGUUUCUAGACUAGCUAAAAACACGAAAUGCAAACGGGAGGAAGCAUGCGGAUAUUGAUAUUCAAAAUUAGGCCAAAUCUAUGGCAUUGGCUCCAGAAGUGUAGCCCUUAAAACACAAUUAAACUAAUAUAUAUAUUUAUAAUAGAUUUCCUUCACGCUUCAUUUUGCUGUUAUUCAAAAUAACAAAGGUGUAAUAAACAACACGGAGCUAAAUUUCCGUGGAGGUGGACCGGCGGCUCUGCAAGAAAGAAAGAUCUUUGUUAAAUGUUUAAACAUUUUUGCUAAUAUAAUACAUAAAUGUAUGUACUAUACUAUACACCGAAUAGAUAGGCACUUUAACUAAGAGCAUGUAAAGCAGUUAAUAUGUAUAUGUAUGUAGCCCGACAAGAUGAACAAGUCUAUAGUUUAUAAACAAAAAUUUCUGCCUGUGAGAUUGAAAAAAUAAUUCUUAAAUAAAAAAAAAAUUGAAUAAAAAAAAAUUAGUAAAGUAAUUAAUUCAAGAAACUAAAAAAAAAUAAUAUAAAUAGGAGUUAUCGAUAAUUUGCAAAAAUCAGCUGUGUGCGAACCACCCUGCUUAAAUAACUUUUUAAACUGAACUGACAAGAGUGGAAAAAGCUCGCGUUGCAUGUAAUAAACGUUUUAAAAAUGA